GAAUGCAUUAAAAUUGCUUCCAUGAUGGCAGAAAAUAACCAACCUGGACGACCUAUUUUCCCGUAUCAGGUUAAGCAAAUCGUGACCUCUCGGCUGAUACUCCGCCCGAUGUGCGACGAGGAUAUUGACUAUUUCCAUGAUAUCCGCACCAGGCCGGAGGUUAUGAAGUGGACCCACAAACGCAAAAUCGACAACGACAUACAAGAAACAAAAUCAUGGAUAAAUAGGUUUCUUCGACCAGACCGAUCAAAUCCACCAUUUCACCUUUCAAUCAUUGAAAAAACUACAGGACAUAUUAUUGGAAUGGCCGGAGUGUAUACUCUGCACCCUCAAGCGGAGCUUGGUUACAUGUUGCAUCCUGAUAAAUGGGGUGUAGGGUAUGCAACGGAAGCUCUAACAGCUUUCCUACAGAAAUGGUGGGAAUUGCCCCGUUAUAACCAAGAUAAGGCCUCUAAUAUUGAGGACUGGUUAUUUGCCGACGCCCAUAAGGAGAACGGUGUGAGUUUACGGCUGAUGGAAAAACUUGGGUUUGAGAGGUAUACGGUGUUCGUUGAGGAUGGGGAUGAGAUUAUUGGUUUGAGAUUGAGAUCAUCGCUGUAUUAAGAAUUAUUAUGGACCUUGUAGACAGUAC